AACUGCGGUCUCGCCCUCACUCCACCCAGGGCAUUUCUUUCCAAGAGUCGCUUCCGAGGAUUCCCAAGUCCUGGGCUCCCAGUUCGUUUCUCCUCGUGGCCAGCGCGGCUCCAUGAUUCUCUACCGGCUCUCCAUCCCAGACGGUCGAAGAGAGGCCCCUUCUGCGUCUACGGCUCUCCACUCGCCCGGACCCAUCCCUGCUGUUCGCAAUUCCAUUCUAUCCACUUCAGGAGACUCUAUAGUCUCGCUCUCGGCAGAUUCAAAGUAUCCUUACGGCCCAUCUAGACACGGCGCUCUCGUCCCAUACGUUUACGAUCCUGAUCUAGACCACAACCCCAACGAACCCGACAUAGAUGACUUCCUUCAUGACCCCGAAGGUCUCCACCCCACAAAGACAUCUCUAAUUAAUUUGCGUGGUCUUCUCAAUGUCGGAUCGCUCACUGUCCUUAUUUUUGGCCUCCUCUGUCUAUUCGUUUUUUAUCCCGUGUUUAGAUAUUUUGAAGAUAAAUCCAUCAAUGCUGCCAUUGUUGGGAACGUGCUUGUCAAUUCCACAGGGCAGGUGCCAGUACCAGGAAGCCUGUACACCAUGGCUCACGUGAUCGAUCCUUCGACGCCCAUCAAUGCACGCACCCGUACCGGUUUCGACAAUUAUACCUACGACCUUGUUUUCUCCGACGAAUUCAAUCAACCUGGACGAACUUUUUGGCCGGGUGACGAUCCCUACUGGGAAGCCGCCAACGUCUGGUACUGGUCCACCGAUGAUCAGGAGUGGUAUGACCCUGGUCAGGUCUCGACCAAAGAAGGAGGGUAUUUGAGUAUCAUGUUGGACCAAGUGGAGGAUAAAGGGAUGCCAUACAGAAGUGGGAUGUUGCAGAGUUGGAACAAGUUCUGUUUCACGAGGGGGUAUAUUGAGGUGUCGGUGAUUUUGCCGGGACCAAACGAGGAGUCAAAGGGAUAUUGGCCCGGCGCGUGGACGAUGGGAAAUCUCGCACGACCUGGAUUUGGCGCGACCACGGACGGUGUAUGGCCUUACUCAUACGAUUCUUGCGACGUGGGCACAUUCCCGAACCAGACGUACGUCAAUGGAUCUGGGCCUGCGGCUGCCCUCAUGUCGGAGGCAUCCCAAUCAAAAUAUAAUUACGCGUUAUCGUGGUUACCUGGUCAGCGGCUCUCCUCAUGCACGUGUCCUAAUGAAGAUCACCCCGGUCCCUCUCCUACAGUGGGGCGUGGGGCACCUGAAAUUGAUAUCCUCGAGGUUGAACACAACAAGUUAGGCGGAGCGGGACAGAUGGUAUCUCAGAGUGCGCAGUUUGCACCGUUCACGCAUGAUUAUUUGUAUGGAAACGAGACAAACGAGAUGUGGGAGGUGUUCGGGAGUCAAACCGUGCCGAAUGCUUACCAUGGGUCGGCCGUGCAGCAAGCGGUAUCUGCGUUGACGGAGCUUCCUUCGGAUGUUUAUGUUGGAUCUGGGAAUCAGUUCACUACGUUCGGUUUCGAAUACUGGUCCAACCCUACAAACUCCUCCGAUGGAUACAUCAUCUGGCAAACAGGUGGGCAGCCAACUGCCAGACUCGGUGCCGCAGCGUUGGGUCCGGAUUUGGUUCUGAACGGGACACAGGUCGGGCAGAGGUUGAUUUCAUUGGAGCCGAUGAGCAUUGUGUUGAAUCUUGGAAUGUCACCCAACUGGCAAACCAUCGAUGCGAGUACGCUAUCUUUUCCCGCCGAGAUGCGAGUUGACUACGUCCGAGUGUAUCAACGACGCGGAGAGACGAAUAUCGGAUGCAGUCCGCCAGAUUUCCCGACGGAGGAUUAUAUUAAACGGCAUCUGGAUUCGUAUAUGAACCCAAAUCUGACGCAAUGGAAUUAUCCGCAACCGAAGAAUGGUUUGUACGCUGGGGGGUGCUAAUUUGGUGCUCUUCCGGUUGUCUAUGCCCGCGUUGUCUCGUUCGGGCGCGGGCGACGGGGUUGACUUUGACGGAACGAUGCGGUCAAUACUGUAGCUUCCUAGGCAUUUUUCGAUCGACUUGAAGAUGGAGUUUUGAAUCUGGCCGACACCCAAGAAUCUGCAUGAACAAAAGGGCAAGACUUACCGCGUUAUCGUUAUCAGGUUGAACCACUCUACGCUACUUAUGAUCAUCCUACUAGCUACGACCAAGGGACUGUACAUUUUUA